CUAAACAGCAGUAAAAACGAGUUGAAAUACAAUCUGGAGCAAUCGUACCAGAAUUCACAGCGCAUACGUCAAUUAGAGAGUGAACUAGCCAACCUACAACUUUGCCACGUGUGUUUGGACUGCCCUAAUGCCAAAUGUCCACAUGACAGUUCUGGGAAAACUAGAUGCAAUGCAGAAACUAUAUGUUGCCAUGACGAGAGUUUAGGACCCUGUGUUGCAACAGCCAGCCCCACAUGCGCUCCUUCUUACACUUCUGUAUCGGUGCUUCCAGACGCGUGCACUUGCCAUUAUGCCUGCUUGGCCUCGGGGAGUGCCUAUUUAGAUGCAAUAGCUGCCUUGUCCACUGUACCAUGCUCUGGUGUCCGGCCAGAAACAGAUAAAAUAAGCAGCAUCCCCAAGGCGACGAGAGGGAAUCGCCACGAGGCAACAUUGGCAAGAGGUAUGAGCAAAUGGCCGUCAACUAUGAUUCUCCCCGAGGGCGGAAUGCAUUCGUUUCUAUUUGCUGCCACCAGUUGUUCAGUUGAUACACGAGAAGACUUUCUUCCUGGGGCUAAUAUCUUUAAACAACAAAUGCAUUAUGGAUCGCAUCGGACAGACAUGAGCACAUCGACCACUUUGCAUGUGGAUACAUCGGCUUGUGCGACAAGCGAGUUGAGUUGGGCUGGUGGUGAUGGGAAAAUAAGCGACUUUAAUGAGGGCAGAAGAGAAGAAAUGGUCACAACCGAUAGCCAUGAGAUUAGAAACGGCAAAAUGAAACUUGGAACAAGACGCCUAGCUCAGGCAGCGGCUGAAUUUCUGUGUGUUAAAGCCAAAGCAACCAGUUUGCCCGAUAUGAAGGAGAUUAAUUCGCUCAAGAGAUGCCAGGCAUUACAGCAGCGAUUGGAAGAGAGUUCUAUCGGUCGGCCGUUCAGCUCAAGAACGGUUGAAUGCUAUGAUACAAUUGAGGAGGUGAGUGAAGCUGUACUGAUGACAAAGACACAGGACCAGAUCACACUAGGCCAGCUGACUCCGGUUGACCAGCUGGUUGGAUGCGAUAGCAGAGAGAUUGAUCUGAGCGUUAUGGAGCAGAAUCAUGAAGACUUGCUGGAUGAGAUGCAAGAGUACCCACAACACAUUGGAGAGGAAGGCCAAAAUAACUUGGAAAACCCUCAACUAUCGGAGUGUGAGCCCCCGCCGAUUGAAUUAAGGGUAAGAACAUGUAUUCAUUAUUUAUUCUAUGCCUACUAUCAAUUACUUGAUGCUAUCUGGUCGGAACUAUGGCCAAUACGAAAUAAGCAAUCAGGAAAAAUGGACAGUCAAUGUAUUUCAAGGUUGUGCAAAUUCUCUAAAAGCAGUGGCAGUCAAUGA